AUGGGGUGCCGCAUCCAUAAUAGGCAUACAGUAUUUCAGGAGCUAAGUCGAAAAAUGUCUGGAGAUAGUUUUCCUCACUUCGGUACGGCUGCUCUUCAUAUUGGGCAAGAGCCAGAACAAUGGGAUAUGAAUCAGGUAGUACCUCCUAUUUCAUUGUCUACUACUUACAAGCAAGAUAGACCUGGAGAACCGAAAGGGCACGACUAUUCAAGAGCAGGAAACCCUUCAAGAGAUGUAUUGCAAAAGUGUCUUGCAGCUCUUGAAGAUGGCAAGCACUGCCAUGUGUUUGCGUCUGGACUGGCCGCCUCAAUGGCCGUCAUCAACAUGAUGCGAGCUGGAGACCACAUCAUUUGCUCCGAUGAUGUUUACGGAGGAACGCAGCGAUUUCUUCGUCGUGUCUCAGUGCCUCAACAUGGAAUCCAAGCUGAUUUUGUUGAUCUUACUAACAUAGAACUACUAGAGCAAGCUUUUAAACCGAACACAAAGUUGAUUUGGUUCGAGACGCCGUCGAAUCCACUCAUGAAAGUAGUUGACGUUGCAGCUGUUGUUCAUACUGUCAAGAAGGUCAACCCAAAUAUCUUAGUUGUCGUUGAUAACACGUUCAUGAGCCCGUACUUCCAGCGACCCCUGUCCAUGGGUGCUGACAUUGUUGUACAUUCUAUCACCAAGUACAUAAAUGGACAUUCUGAUGUAGUCAUGGGUGCGGUUAUCACUGAUGAUGACGACAUCCAGCAACAUCUUUUCUUUCAACAGCUUGCCGUUGGUGCUGUUCCUUCACCUUUCGACUGCUUCCUUGUUAAUCGAGGAAUAAAGACACUGCAUUUGAGAAUGCGAACUCAUUACCAAAACGCGUUGGCAAUCGCUCAGUAUCUCGAGAGCAAUGAGCGAGUGGAAAGUGUGUUGUAUCCGGCCUUACCGUCACAUCCACAGCACAAGAUUCACUUAAGUCAAACUAAAGGAAUGUCUGGUAUGAUGUCCUUCUACUUGAAAGGCGGAUUAGAAGAAAGCCGAAUAUUCCUUAGCUCUUUGAAGAUUUUUACAUUGGCCGAAUCUCUUGGAGGAUAUGAAUCAUUAGCUGAAUUGCCGUCAAUAAUGACACAUGCUUCUGUCCCUCCAGAGGAGCGAGCCAAGCUUCGUAUUACUGACAAUCUCAUUCGGCUAUCAGUCGGAAUUGAGGAUCUCGACGAUCUUAUAGCUGAUUUGGACCAGGCAUUGAAAGCUGCUGUGAAAUUGUGA